UUGAGAGCGACAAUAUACUUUUGGGAAAUACAAAGCGUGUAAGGCUGUUUACUCUAAGCCGAGUAUUAGGUGGCGCAAGGGUGAAUGCACUUUGUAGCGUGAUUUGUUUUGUUGUCUCUUGCUACGAUGUUUUUACAAUAUUUUCUCGAUGAAAAUGGAGAACGGGUGUAUACGCUGAAGAAGUAUGACCCUGAAGGGAAGCCAACAGCCUCUGCCCAUCCUGCCCGAUUUUCCCCAGAUGACAAGUACUCGAGACAACGCAUCACUGUAAAGAAGCGUUUUGGUGUCCUCCUUACCCAACAGCCAAAGCUGAUCAUGUAAAACUGGCAGUAGAUGAACCUCUGGAUUAAUGUCUGCAAUGCCUGUGUGUUUACAUACGUGUAUGUAUUUAACAUACUGGCUUUACAAAACCAUACUGGCUUUACAAAUAUAUGGGUGGCUUUACAAAUAUCUAGGCGACUCUGUAGUUUCUUGUAUGUUCUAGUACAGAAGUAUCCACUAAAAGAUGAUUGGAAAUGUGCAGUAGCUGUCUGCGGAGUGCAGCAUUUCACUUAUUGACUCAUGUCUUUGAACAGCACCAUGAUGGUACUUUGAAGCAACACAUCACAAACCCACAGUGGAGCAUUCCAGGAGAGGAGAGUAGGGCAGCCCAAGCAGCCAGUCAAGUUUGUACCACAGUGCAGAAUGGAUGUUUUAGCAAUUUUUAAAAUCGCAUCUUCCUCAUGCCAUACCAUGCUGAGAUUAUUAAAAACGUAGAUGUGUAACCAUUGUUUUCCCAUUGAGCUUUAUACUGCUGAUGUCUGUUCAUUUCAACUUGAACCCGUAUCUCAUGAUGUGCUGCCUUUUCGAAAUGUAAUCAUCUUGUGAUUUUUAUAUCCUCGGUGCAAUGGAUAUAAUUUGUGCUAUUUGUAAUAAAUUUUCUACACUUUCUGUGAAA